UUCACAUCCUAUGUUAACACACCACUUCUUUCUCUCCUCGACUUCAUCUCUCUGAUCUUUCAAAAGAAAUGUCACAGAGGAAAGAGAGUAUAGUGAUGCUCCCAUUCAUGGCACAAGGCCAUAUCAUACCUUUCUUAGCAUUAGCCCUUCAACUAGAUCAAACGAAGAAGUAUACCAUAACCUUUGUGAACACUUCUCUUAACAUCAAGAAACUAAGACCAUCAAUCCCUACAAACUCUUCCAUUCACCUUCUUGAAAUACCUUUAGAUAGCUCAGUCUAUGGCCUGCCUCCAGGCACUGAAAACACUGACUCUAUUCCUUACCAUCUUAUAGCCAACUUUCUCGAAGCAUCUUUGUCUCUCAAACCUGCUUUCAGGAAAAUCAUUUCUGAUCAUGUUAAGGAACAAAAGGGCCAUCCACCAUUCUGUAUAAUCACAGACAUGUUCUUUGGCUGGUGUGCAGAGAUUGCACAUGAGUUUGGUGCGUUUCAUGCUAUAUUUAGUGGAUGUGGAGGUUUUGGUUUCGCUUGUUACUACUCUCUGUGGUUAAAUCUGCCUCAUCAGAACAAUCUCUCCGAUGAAUUCACUUUACCAGAUUUCCCUGAAGCUUCUACAAUUCAUGUUACACAAUUGGCAGAAAAUCUGAAAGAGGCCAAUGGCAGAGAUCUCUUCAGUGUGUGUCUGCAGAACAUGCUUCCUGAAUGCACGAAUGCUGAUGGGAUUUUGGUGAACACGGUGGAGGAGCUUGACAAAGUUGGGUUGGGAUAUUUUCGGCGUAAAACUGGGAAACCAGUUUGGCCAAUUGGGCCAGUACUCCUCUCCAAUAGGAGCCAAGAUCAAGCUGCAAUUACACCUGAGCUAUGUAAACACUGGCUUGAUACAAAACCUGCGGGCUCAGUUCUAUACAUAUCAUUUGGUUCACAGAACGUAAUAUCUGCAUCCCAGAUGAUGGAAUUGGCAAUGGCAUUGGAGGCUUGUGGCAAAAAUUUUAUCUGGGUUGUCAGGCCACCUAUCGGCUUUGACAUCAACAUGGAAUUCAAAGCAAAAGAGUGGUUGCCUGAAGGAUUUGAAGAAAGAAUGGAAUAUUCAAAAAGAGGGUUGUUAGUGCGCAAGUGGGCACCCCAGGUGGAAAUCUUGUCUCACAAAUCCGUAUCAGCAUUUUUGAGUCAUUGUGGCUGGAACUCGGUUCUUGAAUCUUUAAGCAAUGGUGUGCCGUUGAUUGGGUGGCCAUUGGCAGCAGAACAGUUCUACAAUGUCAAGCUCUUAGAAGAACAUAUUGGAGUUUGUUUGGAGGUGGCUAGAGGGAAAAGCUGUGAGGUUCGGCAUGAAGAUAUAGUGAAAAAGAUCAUGCUGGUAAUGGAUGAGACGGAGAAGGGUAAUGCAAUGAGAAGGAAAGCUCGUGAGGUUAGGGAUAUGAUUAUUGAUGCUGUUCAAUAUGAGAAUGAUCAUAAGGGUUCCUCUGUCAAAGCCAUGGAUGAGUUCCUGGAUGCUGCCUCGCUGAUGCGAGAAGGGAAAAAAUGGGCGGCCGAUCGUGGGGUCUAAAGUCUACGCAGUAGAAAACGUCCUGUCUUGGCAACAACAAUAUCUUUCUGUAUGAGUCGUCCUUGGAUCGACAUUACAUGUGUGUUGAUCUUCCUCCAAUAAUUACAAGUUCAUUUUCUUUUCUAA